AUGCCCCCACGUUCACCACUUUGGAACCUCUUUACAACCGAUAAUCAGCCAUAUUCUGCAAAAGACACAGUACACAAGCGAAUAUGGUGCCAGGCCUGUCUUGAGGCAAAACUCACUGGUCUACUCGCAAAUCAGCGUGUUCUAGUCGCGAAUGGUGUUAUUAGGCCAGAGGAUAUGUUGAAAGAGGAUGUUUUACAACAAAAAGCAAAAGUCGAUGUCAAGCCCAUUAGUAGCAAAUCCGAACAUAUGCAACGACAUUUGAAGUCAUGUCAGGCAAUUCGACAGUCACCUGAGUGGACUGAAAAAACCCUGGAAGCUUUGCGCAGCUACGAAACCUGGCGUUCAAAGCGUACUCCUCUCGUUGAUAUCCCACUUUCCCAACCAAGUCUACAGCAUUUCAGUGGCACCGGCGUACCUUCAAAUCCGAUGUUUCAGGCAGUCAGCCCCUUCACACCGACAGCUUAUGUCUCCGAACCACCCAAUAGUCCUCUCACAAAACGAAGGAAGUCCAACACAGACCACAUUUCGACUGCUGACUCGCCACUCGGGGCGCUCUCUGUUUGGGACGCCGAACAACAAUCAGAGUUUGGUCAGGACCUGGUUCGGUUGUUUACAUCAUGCAACUGGUCAUGGAAUACGGCCAACGCACCACAGUUUUGGCUGUUCUUUGGGAAGUACUUACCACAAGCCCAGGUUCCAGACCUCUCUGGAAGAAUGCUUGACAGCGAGGCGGAAAGAGUUCAAGAGCAAACACGCAAAUCAAUUGAAGGUUCGCUGGCCACCUACCAGGCCGACGGUUAG